GUUGUGGGUCUUAGCGGCUUUGGGGACGGGCGCGGGCGAAGCCAGGUGCAUCUCAUGAGAAGGACUGCGUUUGCGCUUGAGGUCGCUGGGCAGAGACGGCGCAUGGUGCUGUGUCGCAUGCGAGGGCAUGGUGCGCUCAGCCGCAGCGUGCGAUUCCGGGUUGGCCAUACCUUGGCCUGGAGGGAUGCCGGGUUGGUGAUUACUACGAGGGCGGAAUGAACGGAUGGCAAGAUUCGAGGGUGGAGCGGAGGACGCUAGGCUCGAACAACUCAGCACAAGCACACUACAGGGCGCUCGCGUCUAGUCGCGAAGGCCCGAAUUUACAGGACAAGAUACAUAACGCACGAGGGAAUGGUUGGGAGAGUUGCAAAGGCGAGGGUGGAAAGCCAAACGGCUGCUCGGUGGCUGAAGAGCCCCGAACGGAAAGCAGAGGGGCGGACAAGGAAGCACCCAUCGUACCGGAAAUAAGAAAGAGCUUUCCAAGAGCGGCCCUCCCAGCCAAUCACUGGUGGUGUGCAGCUAAAAGCGGCCCAGGCGUUUUGAUGUGCAAUAAAUGCGCAUCGCGGGCGAUUCAGGUUCUGCCGACUUUCCGACAGACAGCCACACCACGGCCACGGGCGACGCUGAAACUAGCCCGGCUGUGGCAGAAGUGUGUGAGGUGCUUCAUGGUACCGUAUGGGAGGCCAGGACGGUGGCAGCGACCCUGGGCUGGCGUCGUCGUCGUCGUCGUCGUCGUCGUCGUCGUCGUCGUCUGGCGGCAUGACGAAAAAUGCCGCAGGACGCGUGGGCCUGGGUGAAUCUAGCUGCUAAGAACCAAGCGCCACAGCA